AACGCCCGCACCACCGUGGAAGAGCGGCUAGUAGUGAACUGGUAUCCAAACGCGACGCGAUCGAGAGCAUCCCCCCGAAAAAAAAAAAACCAAAAACGAAACUACGACCGGGCAAGAUAUACCUAUAAGCUAUCUCUCUACCGAAACUACCGAAAAACAAAGAGUCCUCUGUGUUGGUUGCUGUUUUGUUGUGGUGCACGGUAUGCAAAAGCUGGCGAAAGACAUUGGAGUGGUUGAGUAGUGGUAGUCAAAGUUGAAAUUGUGCAAAACAAGAAGCAAAAGUAACAAAAAUCAAAAGUAAAAUAGACGACGAACCCUUAAAUGUGAGCAUCACUAGGCUGGGGUAGUGUGCUGGUUACGGUGUUAAGGACCUGCGUGCGAGCAGUAAUUACAAGCAAACUUCCUGGAGCACCUCAGGACUCCAUCGCAUAGCGAAGGCUCAUGCAUCGGCGAACUCGCGCUUGAGGCACCAUUCAACCAGGGUAACCAGUGCGAGCGAGCGGCUCACGGGGCUUGUGCGGGGACUCUUUCCCGGAAGCAGGAGGCAAGUGGUGGCAAUAAGGGGAAAAGGUAGUUACAUUUCGCCCAUAUCAGAGAAGCUGUCGGCAGCGCAGUACCCACACCCGACAUUUGGUGACUAUGAAAGAUCUGGUCGAUCUGCCAGCGACGCUUCACCAACUCAACAACCAGCGCCCGAUCAAGAGCAAGCGCAACCGAUGGAACGUGGCAAUAUCGGAGUUCGCCCGGCUGACGCAUAACCCGAUCCGUGCCAUCGUCGAGGGGCUGAACAUCCAGCCGAAUCCGAGCAAGCCGCUGAUAGCGCUCUCGAUAGGUGAUCCGACCACGUUCGGCAACCUCAAACCGUCGCAGGAAACGGUCGACGCGGUCCGGCAAGCGCUCGAGGACGGCAGCGGCAAUGGGUACGCGCCGGCGAACGGCCACCUGGAGGCGCGGGAAGCGGUCGCCCGGUACGUGCAGCACCAGGGGCCAGUGACGGCGGCGGACGUGAUCCUGUGCAGCGGGUGCAGCAGCGCGCUCGACCUCUGCAUCUCGGUGCUGGGCGGGCCGGGCCGGAACAUUCUGGUGCCGAAGCCGGGCUUCUCGAUCUACCGGACGCUGGCGGAGGGGUUCGGCAUCGAGUGCCGGACGUACGAUCUGCUGCCGGAGCGCAACUGGGAGGCGGACCUGGUCCAGCUCGAGCAGCUGAUCGACGAGCAGACGUGCGCGCUGGUCGUGACGAAUCCGGGCAACCCGUGCGGCAGCGUGUUUCCGCGCGCCCACCUGGAGGCGAUCGUGGACAUUGCCGAGCGGCACUUUGUGCCGAUCAUUGCGGACGAGAUCUACGAGCAUUUCGUCUUUCCCGGGCAGGAGUUCCACGCGGUCAGCACGCUGUCCCAGCGCGUCCCGGUGCUGUCGUGCGGCGGGCUGACCAAGCGCUUCCUGGUGCCGGGCUGGCGCAUGGGCUGGAUCAUCGUGCACGACCGGGACGGGGUGUUCGGGGAGGUGCGGCGCGGGCUGGCCAACCUGUCCGUGCGCAUCCUGGGCAGCAACACGCUGGUGCAGCGCGCCCUGCCCGCCAUCCUGGACAACACGCCGAACGACUUCUUCGACGAUCUGGUCGCGACGCUGCAUCGCCACGCUGAGCUGGCGUACAAGGGCAUCAAGCAGAUCCGGGGCCUCAACCCGAUCAUGCCCGGCGGCGCGAUGUACAUGAUGGUCGGCAUCGACGUGGAGCACUUUCCCGAGUUCGAGACGGAUCUACGCUUUGUCGAGGCGCUGGUCGCCGAGCAGAGCGUCUUCUGUCUGCCCGGCCAGUGCUUCGAGUACCCGAACUACUUCCGCCUGGUGCUGACCGUGCCGGAGGAGAUGAUCGUCGAGGCUGUGAAGCGGCUGGAGGAGUUCUGCGAGCAGCACUACAAGCUGGACAACGAUCUGCUGCUGCAGCAGCAGAACGGCCUGCUCAACCAGAUGACGCAGCUGUGAGUGAGGGAAAUCGAGGGGAAAUGGAAAUGGGGAGGAGUUGAGUGAGUGAGGGGCGGAAGUUAAUACCGGACCCGCUCGGUGUAAUGCGAUGUAGCUGUAAGGUAUAUAUCUUUUUUCUAUCUUGGGAAAUAAAGGUGGAUAUUUUGUCUCUUUUGUUUUUGUA